AUGCCAAGCCCAUGUCUGCACCGUGUAGGCUGGCGGCCUGCCUUGACCCGUCAUGCUCUCUUGCGCCCAACUUGCACCCAGUUACGAUGGAAGAGCCCUCAUGUCGUCGGCCCCAAGCGCGCUGAAAAAGUGCAGUUGAACGCGCUUACUGCAAAAUGGCAGCCGCACUGGGACAAGCUGGCGGCGAAUUGGCAUGAUUUGCGCCCAAUCGACAGAGGAGAGGCCUAUGUUCUGCCCAUGUUCCCCUACCCUUCUGGCACCCUCCAUCUGGGCCACCUGCGAGUCUACACCAUAUCCGAUGUCUUGGCAAGAUACAAGCAUAUGCAGGGCUACAAGGUCCUGCAUCCCAUCGGCUGGGAUGCCUUUGGUCUGCCUGCUGAGAAUGCCGCAAUCGAACGAGGGGUCCAUCCUGAGAAAUGGACGCUGCAGAACAUCGAGGCCAUGAAGGCCCAGAUGCACGUUAUGGGUGGACGAUGGGACUGGGAUAGUCUGGCUCAGGAACUUCGAACAUGCGACCCCGACUUCUACAAACACACCCAGCGCAUCUUCCUUAUGCUGCACGAGCGCGGUCUAGCCUACCAGGCCGAGUCCCUCGUCAACUACGAUCCCGUGGAUAAGACGGUCCUCGCAAACGAACAGGUCGACGCCAAUGGCUGUUCAUGGCGCUCUGGGGCCAAGGUCGAGAAAGUCAUGCUCAAGCAGUGGUUCUUGAAAAUCAAAGAGUUUCAAGAGCCUCUGCUGAAGGAUCUGGAUGCUUUGGCAAAAGAUGGCAGAUGGCCUGAAAAGGUGCUGGCUAUGCAGAGAAACUGGAUUGGAAAGUCUGAAGGCACAAAACUAUGCUUCAAUGUCGAGUCGACAAGUACUGGCACACAAUUCGCACCAGUCGAUGUUUUUACUACCCGAGCAGAUACCUUGUUUGGUGUGCAGUAUAUUGCACUCUCUCUGCGUCAUCCCAUCGUUCAGCAGUUAACGGUAGACGACGACGCUCUCCGUUCCUUUAUUGAUCGAGCAAACGAUCUGCCGCCUGACACCAAAGAAGGCUAUCGACUUCCAGACAUUGUCGCAAAGAACCCGAUUGCAAACUUGAUCAACACUGACCAUGCACAUAUUCCCAUCUAUGUUGCUCCAUAUGUCCUGGAUGACUACGGAUCAGGCGCCGUCAUGGGUGUACCUGGCCACGACACUCGAGACCACGCAUUCUGGCGCACCAAUGAGGGAGACCACCCAAUCAAAACUGUCAUUUCUGUCAAGCCUGGUAAAUCACCAAAGCCACUAGUUCCGGGAGACGAUGACGUGCCAGUCACUUGUCGAGGCUUCGUAGCUGCCGAUGUUGAGCGUUUUGGAGGUAUGCGGUCCGAAAAGGCCGUGACCAAGAUUGUGAACGCCCUGCAACGUAUCGGACAACCAGCCAGUAUGACAUCUAACUGGAGGUUGCGAGACUGGCUGAUCAGUCGCCAGCGCUACUGGGGAGCGCCCAUUCCCAUUAUCCAUUGUGACUCUUGCGGUCCAGUGGCUAUUCCGGAGGAGGAUCUCCCGGUUAAGCUGCCUGAUCUACCAGACAGCUUCUUCCAGGGUAGAAAAGGCAAUCCACUGGCUGAAGAUGAGAACUGGAAAAAGACCAGCUGCCCCAAAUGUGGCUCAGCUGCAGAACGAGAGACUGACACCAUGGACACAUUCAUGGAUUCGUCAUGGUACUUUUUCCGAUUUCUCGACCCGAAAAACCAGGAGGCAUUAGUAGAUCCAGAUAAAGCAAAUGCGGGUAUGCCAGUGGACCUCUACGUGGGUGGUGUGGAGCAUGCUAUCCUGCAUCUACUUUACGCCCGCUUCAUUUCAAAGUUCCUCGCCACAACAUCUACCUGGCCACAGGGCAAAAUGGUCAAUGGAGAGCCCUUCUUGCGGCUUAUUACUCAAGGCAUGGUGCACGGGGAGACAUACACAGAUCCCGCAACGGGCCGGUUCCUUCGACCCGAUGAAGUUGAUUUGACGAACCGCUCGAAACCUGUUAUUAGGGCAACUGGUCUCACGCCCAACAAAAGCUACGAAAAGAUGUCCAAGAGCAAAUACAACGGUGUGGACCCCGGAGUCACCAUUGCAAAAUACGGCGCCGAUGCUACACCGCUGGCUACAGCGCGUAAUCCGUCUCUCCACUGGCUUCUGGAUCCCCGUUCUCGACUUUAA